CGUCACCGGACGAGCAAGCUCAUCGUCUUGUCCGCCGUGCUCCAUUCCAACUGCUGAGCGUACGGCUUUGUUGGAGGUCUACAUCCCCUCCAAUCGGUUAUUCCUCAAGUGUCCAGGAUUUAGCUAUCCUUGAUCUGAAACUCAUACCCGUCCCCUCCCCUCCUCCAACGGGUCGAGUCGUGCCUUCGUCAUGGCAUCAUCCUCCAACUACGUGACCAUCCCCGGAUCGGUCGCCUUCUCUCAUUCUCGUGGACACGCAAUUGCCGCCAGUGUUGGGGCACAGGAUGUGCGCGCCCAGUGGGUCCACUAUGUGCAUGCCGCCCAGCCCUUAGAAGCUGCUCAACAGGGCGUCUUGGAGCAGCUCCUGCACUAUGGUGAUAUCACCGACAUCCCCGCGUCGUUCAGCGACGCCGAUGGUCCGCACGAUGAUUUCUAUGUUUUCCCUCGCACCGGUACCAUCUCCCCGUGGAGCUCCCAAGCGACCGCCAUCUCCCAUGUGUGCGGGCUCCGCAAAGAUGUGAAACGCAUCGAGCGGGGUAUCAAGAUCUCCAUUCUCCGCACCGACGCCGAAUCAUACAAGCCCGGAUACCAGGAUGUCCUGCAUGAUCGCAUGACGCAGAUCAUCAGCCAGGAGGAGCCGGAUUUGCAUUUGAUGUUUUCCGAGCAUAGCCCUCUCCCUCUCGAGACGAUCCCCAUCUCUGGCUCCGACAAGUCCCCGAAGGAGGUCCUGCAGGAAGCGAACAAACGGCUUGGUUUGGCCUUGGAGGAGUCGGAGAUCGACUACCUGGCCGAGGCUUAUGGUCCCAACGGUCCGCUCGCUCGCGACCCGACCGACGUCGAGCUGUUCAUGUUUGCCCAGGUGAACUCGGAACACUGCCGUCACAAGCAGUUCAACGCUUCGUGGGUCAUUGAUGGCAAGCAAAUGCCCAACAGCCUGUUUGCCAUGAUCCGCAACACCCACAAGAAACAUCCCGAACACACCGUUAGCGCCUACAGUGACAACGCUGCGGUCCUGGAGGGCGCUCCGGCCGCCUUCUGGUCCCCCCACCCCUUCACCGGCGAGUGGAACCACGUCAAGGAGAUCGUUCACUUCUUGGCCAAGGUCGAAACCCACAACCAUCCGACCGCCGUUUCGCCGUAUCCUGGUGCUGCUACCGGCUCGGGUGGUGAGAUUCGUGAUGAAGGAGCCGUGGGUCGGGGCUCCAGGCCCAAAGCCGGCCUGUCGGGCUACUGUGUCUCCGAUCUUCUGAUCCCGGGCUUGAGACAGCCCUGGGAGUUGGAUGUCGGCCGCCCCAGUCACAUUGCGAGCGCUCUGGACAUCAUGUUGGAGGCCCCCAUCGGCAGUGCCGCCUAUAACAACGAGUUUGGGCGCCCUUGCAUUUCGGGAUACUUCCGUACGUUGCUGACUGAGAUCGAUGUCGGUAAAGGCGAGAAGGAGCUCCGCGGAUACCACAAGCCCAUCAUGAUCGCAGGUGGUGUCGGGACGGUUCGUCCCCAGCAUGCCAUCAAGACGCCGGAGACGGUCAAGCCUGGUGCCUUCCUUGUUGUCCUGGGUGGUCCGGCCAUGCUGAUUGGGUUGGGCGGUGGUGCCGCAUCCAGUAUUACCUCCGGAGAGGGCUCCGCCGAUCUGGACUUUGCCAGUGUGCAGAGAGGCAACGCUGAGGUCCAGCGCCGAGCUCAGGAAGUCAUCAACGCAUGUGUCGCCAUGGGGGAUAACAACCCGAUCAAGUUUAUCCACGACGUUGGCGCUGGUGGCCUUUCGAACGCCCUUCCCGAAUUGAUCCACGACUCGGGUCUCGGUGCCACUUUCGAGCUCCGGGAAAUUGACAGCGCCGACCGUAGCAUGAGCCCCAUGCAAAUAUGGUGCUGCGAGGCGCAAGAGCGUUAUGUCAUGGCCGUCGGAGAGGACAGCAUGAACAAGUUCACCGCCAUUGCCCACCGUGAGCGCUGCGGCUUCUCGGUCGUUGGCCGCGGUGGCGGCACGUCCGAGGAAGACAAGAAGCUGAUCCUUAUGGAUCGGGAAUCCAGCGAGUACCCCAAGCCCAUCGACCUGCCUUUGUCGGUUCUCUUCGGCAAGCCGCCCAAGAUGACCAGGGUUGUGGACUCCCGCAAAUUGAAGUUGCCCGCUGUCGACGCGAGUCUCACUACCUACCUGCCCUCUGUGGCCCCCAACCACCUGGAGCUCCUCGGCGAGGCCGCCAAGAGAGUCCUGUCGCUCCCCGCCGUGGGCUCCAAGUCCUUCCUCAUCACCAUUGGAGACCGGACGGUCGGUGGUCUCACCGCGCGUGACCAAAUGGUUGGCCGCUGGCAGACUCCGGUGGCAGAUGUCGCCGUCACGGCCACUGCACUGCUUCAGGGCGUGAAGACGGGCGAGGCUAUGGCGAUGGGUGAGAAGCCCACCCUUGCGCUGAUCUCUCCAGGUGCUUCCGCGCGGAUGGCUGUUGCGGAGUCGCUCAUGAACCUCGCCGCCGCGGACCUGGUUGACCGCCUGGAGCAUGUGAAACUGUCGGCGAACUGGAUGUCCGCCAGCAGCCACCCCGGAGAGGGCGCUGCCAUCUACGAGGCUGCGGAGGCUAUCGGUAUGGACCUGUGCCCCAAGUUGGGUAUCAGUAUCCCGGUUGGGAAGGACUCCAUGUCGAUGAAGAUGAAGUGGACGGACGAAGCCAAGCAGGCCAAGGAGGUCACCGCGCCCAUGUCGCUGGUCAUCACUUCGUUUGCCCCCGUCGGCAACUACCGCAAGACCUGGACCCCGGCGCUCCGCCGCCCGGAGGAAGUGGGCGACACCGUUCUCAUGUUCGUUGAUCUCUCGUUCGGCCGAAAGACCCUUGGUGGCUCUGCACUCGCGCAGGUCUUCAACCAGGUGGGCGACGAGUGCCCCGACGUCCGCGAUGUUGACAUCUUCCGUGAUUACUUCGACGCCACUCAGCAGCUGCAAGACGCGGGCAUCGUUCUGGCCUACCACGACCGAUCGGACGGUGGUCUCUUCACCACCCUCGCCGAGAUGAUGUUUGCCGGUCGCUGCGGCGUCGAGGUCAUGCUCGACAACAUCUGUGGCAGCACUGACACCAAGAGCCUUGUCGAGACGCUCUUUAACGAGGAACUGGGCGCCGUGUUCCAGGUCCGUAAGGAGCACGAGAUCCAGUUCCGCUCUUGCUUCGCUACCUGCGGUCCCCCCGCCGGCCUCAUCCACAAGAUCGGUCGCGUCUCGGAGAAACACAAGCAGAAUCUCGCCAUCUACCAGGGCCACACCCUGGUGUACCGCAACGGCCGCGCCAACCUGCAACAGACCUGGGCCACCACGUCGCACCAAAUGCAAAAGAUGCGCGACAACGCCGCCUGCGCCGACCAGGAGUUCGCCAGCAUCCUCGACGACGCCGACCCCGGUCUGUCCUGGAACCCGACGUUCGACCCCAAGGACCGGGCCCUUCCCAUCAUGACCAGCCUGAGCCAGUACUCGCCCUUCAGCAACAAGCCCCGCGUAGCCAUCCUGCGCGAGCAAGGCGUGAACAGCCAAGCCGAGAUGGCCUUCGCCUUCAACACAGCCGGCUUCUCCGCCGUCGACGUCCACAUGACAGACAUCAUCGCCGGCCGCGUCUCCCUCUCCAGCUUCGUCGGCCUGGCCGCCUGCGGCGGUUUCUCCUACGGCGACGUCCUCGGCGCCGGCCAAGGCUGGGCCAAGUCCGUCCUGCUGCACGAGAACACGCGCACCGAAUUCAAGACCUUCUUCGAGCGCGCAGACACCUUCGCCCUCGGCGUCUGCAACGGCUGCCAGUUCCUCUCGCGCCUGAAGGCCCUCAUCCCCGGCGCGCAGCACUGGCCCAGCUUCGAGCGCAACGCGAGCGAGCAAUACGAAGGCCGAGUCGCUCUUGUCCGCAUCACCGAUCCGGACCCGUCGCGUCCCAGCGUCUUCCUGCACGGCAUGCACGGGUCUUCUCUCCCGAUCGCCGUCGCCCACGGCGAAGGCCGCGCCUCGUUCGCGCCUAGCUCCGACGUGACGCCCCAGUCGUUCGUCCGCCAGGGCCUCGCCCCCGUUCAGUACGUCGACAACGCCUCCCUCAAGCCCACCGUCAAGUACCCCUUCAACCCCAACGGUAGCCCCGAGGGUAUCGCCGGUAUCCGCAACGAGGACGGCCGCGUCCUGGCCAUCAUGCCCCACCCUGAGCGUACCGUCAUGAACGGCAUCGCCAGCUGGCUGCCUGCCAAGGCUGAAGAGUGGGGAGAUAUCGGACCUUGGGGCCGUGUGUUCUUCAGCGCGAGAAGAUGGGUUGGUUAGGAAGUUUUUCCCACAAAAGAAACAAGAAACACAAAAAAAAAAAAAAAAAA